GGUUAACUAGCACAGGACCCCGUCAUCUUUAUAGUUCAUAACCUUGGAGGCAUUAUCGUGAAAGAUGCAUUACGUCGUUCCCAGAACCUGCAUCUGCAGACUCAGUUGGUCGUCUUUCUAGGCACACCACAUCGUGGCAGUGAUAUGGCGGCAUGGGGUACGAUUGUAUCGAAAUUGGCUAGGCUUGCAUUCCAAGACUCCAACAGGCGCCUCAUAGAAACCCUGAAGGUGAACGGCGAGGUAUUUGACAACAUACAGGACGAGUUCCUACGUAUUGUCCUUGAGGGCGGCAUUCGGGUCCAUUCAUUUCAAGAGGCCAGGGGAAUAUCGGGUGUGAAAGGACUGUCUGGCAAGGUGGUUGAUGAUUACUCGUCCAAGCUCGGCUUGGUCGGACAAUUCGAGACGGUCGAGAGCAUCGAUGCCAACCACAUGCAAAUGGUACGAUGUAGUCAUAAGAACGAUCCGCAGUACCGUGCUAUCCUUGGGGUAUUGAGACAAUUUGUCCGACAGAAGCUUGGAGACGUGGCUCCGGAAAGAUGGAAGAUAUAUCCCAAACAAGACAGUACUGAAGGGGUACCCAUCAGACAUCAGCCAGACUGCCGGAAAGAAACUCCGCAUCAAACAUGCUAUUACAUACGGCUCGAGAAAAACCCACGAUUUACUGGUCGCGAUACCAUACUUGACGAGAUAGAGGACCGGUUCUUCAUUCGUUCCGAAUGCCGUACGCUGGCGCUGGCUGGGCUUGGCGGAGUGGGCAAGACCCAGGUCGCUCUUCAGUUUGCCUACCGUAUCAAGUAUCAAUAUCCAGAUUGUUCCAUCUUUUGGGUGGCUGCUCUGAGUCAUGGGACAUUCGAACAGGCCUACACGGAGAUUGCGCACAAGCUCGGCGUGCAGAGGACCAGCGAUGAAGAAGACAUCAAGGAGGCGCUAUGUCGAUAUCUAAGCUUGGAUACGGCUGGGAAGUGGCUUCUUGUUGUGGACAAUGCCGAUGACCUAGCACUGGUAUUUGGGUCUGCCGGGAGAUCUGGCAUUAUUCAGUAUUUUCCCUGUAGUGACAACGGACUGAUUUUGAUGACGACGCGGUCGCAGGAGGUGGCUGUGGACUUUGCGCAGGCCGACGUGAUUGAGGUGGGGAAGAUGAGUUUAGAAGAAGCGACGGGAUUCUUAGAGAAGUCGCUGAUUCAGAAGGAAGCUCUACAAGAUGCGGGUGUUGUUGAUGACCUACUUAACAGCCUGGCCUACCUCCCGUUAGCGAUUGCUCAAGCAGCCGCUUAUCUGAACCAAACCAAGACGACGAUAGCGAGGUACCUAAAACUGGUGAAGGGCGCCGAAAGUGAAGUGACGAAACUGUUUAGCAAGGAGUUCAGGGAUAAGACUCGGUAUGAUGGCUCGCACAAUGCGGUGGCACGGACGUGGCUGAUGUCGUUCGAGCAGAUACAACAGUCGAACAGAGUUGCAGUCAACUUGCUUACGUUCCUCUCGUGUAUCGAGCCCAAGGCCAUCCCGCAAUCGAUAUUGCCUAACCCUGAAUCGUUCGAGACCGAAUCGGCUGUCGGAAUCCUCUGCGGGUAUUCGUUUUUAGCAAGACGGAGGGACAGCGAGACGUUUGACAUGCAUAGCCUCGUGCAUAUAGCGGCGCGAGCAUGGACGCAAGAGCACGGUAGGACCGAGUCGGUUAUGGAAGAAGCGAUUUGUCAUUUGGCGGAGAUCUUCUCUUCGAGUGAUUGGUCGAAUCGGCAUAGAUGGCGACAAUAUCUGCCACAUGCGUUUUAUGUACUGGAUAGAAGCAGAGGCUAUAAUCUAGAGGGUCGAUUUAACCUUGUUGACGAUGUCGGAAGGUGCCUUGACGCCGACAGACGGUUUAAAGAAGCCAUUCGCUGUUACGAGGAGGUGUAUGUGUGGAGACGAGAGCAGUUCUCCGAAGAUGACAAUUCGAGACUAGCAUCGGAGUACAGUCUUGCAAGAGCAUACCUAAACGACAGACGGAUCAAGGAGGCGAUUAAGAUGUUCGAGCAUAUAGUGGAGAUACAGAGGGAGAUGCUAGAUGAGACAGACCAUAAUCGAUUAGCAUCAGAGCAUGAGCUUGCUAGAGCAUACCUCGACGACAGGCGGAUCAAGAAGGCGGUUAAGGUGUUCGAGCAUGUGGUAGAGAUACAGAGGGAGACGCUGGAUGAGACAGACCAUAAUCGACUAGCUUCAGAGCACGAGCUUGCUAGAGCAUACCUCGACGACAGGCGGAUCAAGGAGGCGAUUGAGGUGUUCGAGCAUGUGGUAGAGGUACAAAAGGAGACGCUAGAUAAGACAGACCAUGAUCGACUAACAUCAGAGCACGAGCUUGCUAGAGCAUACCUAAACGACAAGCAGAUCAAGGAGGCGAUUAAGAUGUUCGAGCAUAUAGUAGAGAUGCAGAGGGAGACGCUAGAUGAGACGGACCAUUCUCGACUAGCAUCAGAGUCAGCACUCGCCACAGCAUACCUCGACAACAGACGGAUCAAGGAGGCGAUUAAGAUGUUCGAGCAUAUAGUAGAAAUGCAGAGGGAGACGCUAGAUGAGACAGACAAUAAUCGACUAGCAUCAGAGCACGAGCUUGCUAGAGCAUACCUCGACGACAGGCGGAUCAAGGAGGCGAUUAAGGUCUUCGAGCAUGUGGUGGAAAUGCGGAGGGAGACGCUGGAUGAGACGGACUAUUCUCGACUAGCAUCAGAGCACACGCUUGCCUACGCAUAUCUUGAGGAUGGCCAGGCUCAAAAAGCGGUCGACUUUCUAGAACACGUGGUGGCAGUGGAAAGUCAAUUAUUUGACGAAUAUGACCCUGACCGUCAAGUGUCAGUGAAUUUGCUUGCGGACGCACAAGAGCGACUAGAGGCGGAAGACGGAAGUUGGGAGAGUGCAAGUGAUGACCCAGAAGAGGAUAUGCCCACCGUGUAAGCUGGGUCAGACUAAAUGCUAGAACAAUAGACUUGAAAGUCGAUAGCUGCUAUUAUAUAACUACAUAUUGGA